AGCCAUCCCGCACCUCCUGCAGAGAGAGCAAGAAGAAAUAAAUCUCAGCUCCGGGCUCCUUCUGACUACUUUGGUGCUCCAGGCCAGACAUCCACUCCAACCUGGUGGUGUCUGGUCCAGCUGAUAAUGCAUGGACCCUGGGGUCGGUGUCCUGUUAUGCAAAGGGUGAGUUGUGAUGAAUAAAUCCACUAUUUUUGUUUUUUAAGAAAAUUUUAAAAUAUGCUAAUGUUUACACACCAUUGAAAUACAAGAGAUAUCGUCCUUUUUAAGGCAUCACAAAUGGUUUAUGUAAAUGGCCAGAAUUCUCUCCUCAACAGACUCACAGCCAGCCCGCCCUUAACAAACUGGCUAUUCCCACCUCUGGAGCCGAGAGGGUCAUUUGGACAGAGGCAGACUGUCAUGGCAUGACUAAUGAUGGAUGAUUGCAGUUUAAUUACACUCUGAGGGUAUCACUUUUCUGCGGCUGGCUGGAAAUAAAUCAAGCUUUUCAAUACCGCACACAGUCUGUGGAAUUAUGGCAAUGUAUCUUUGUCAUUUUUUAAAAACACAAAUACUGUGUGUUUGUGAAAGGACUUGCACUCUCACCAUCAGUUUAUCCCUUUUGUUAUCUGUCUUUAUUCUAUGCCCAUAUCCAUUGUUUCAGCAGCAGAUUAUCCAUUAAUCUGGGAAGGGUCUCUUUAAUCUCUACUGAAAUCCUAAAUUAAGUUGUCCCCAUGAGGUUGAACCAGUACAAAAACAUCCAUCUGAAAAUGAAGGGAAAUCUGCUUACUCUGGACUUACACAGUGGCAUCCCUCGCCUCCGGUUGGGCUGGGGGGAGAUGGCCUGUGGAGUUAGUCCAUAUGGCAUAACAGUUGGCACAUGUAUAUUUUUUGAGGUCUUGAUGGAGCUCUAUGUAAUUUACUGGGACAUCACUCAGCAUAAUCUCUUUUCAAUACGCAGUGGCCAGUGGAGCAUGUAAAAAAGAAAAAGCCUCAUAUUUUCCCCUCACAGCCCUCAUGCCCAUACUGACUCCAUAUCUGCGAGGUGACAUUUAUGCAAGUGUUCAGUCUAUAUCAGAGUGUGAGUGUGUGGAUUUUGCGCCUCAAGGCAGGCUUACUGGCGCCUGAUGUGUUGUGUAUGACUGGCUGGCGAAGGGCACAAUGCUGACGAGGUUGACUAGAGUGUCUCACCGUGGUCACACUCCAGUUGGAAAAUUCUCAUUUCUUGCUUCAUUUUGGAUUUAAUUCAUCCUGUGUGGCUGCGUACAGGAGUCAAGUAAACAUCAUGCUCAAGAGCCCAGAGCGAAAAUGAGACUGGGAGGAGGGGGAGUGAGGGAGGUGGAGGGGGGAGGUUAGAGUGUUUGUGUGACACAGAGAGUGAGCGAGAAACAGACUGAGAGAGGAGCCUGUGUGUUCGUUUCACCUCCUAAUCAGUUUUCCUGGGGGAUCUAUCAUCGACUGCAGCAUAGGAGGCAAGUAGAAAGGCAGAUAAAGAAGAUAGUAGAUAUCCGCGCGGCUGUAAUCUUCUUCCAUCUCAAAUUUGAGCUUCAUACAAAUGACAGAAAUGGAUGCCCCUCUCUCCACCCCCUGCAACAUCCAGAUUUGUGAGGUGACCUGCGACUCCUUCCGCAUUAUGUGGGACAUGACCCCUGAGGACAGCGCCAGAGCCACACACUUCUUCAUUGACCUAAGCCGCAAAGAGAGCAGGGACCCCAACCGCUUCAAACACAGGGAUGUGCCAACCAAGCUGGUGGCCAAAGCUGUGCCUCUGCCCAUGGCAGUGAGGGGACACUGGUUCCUCAGCCCGCGGACAGAGUACUGUGUUGCUGUCCAAACUGCUGUCCGACAGCCAGACGGCGACUACCUGGUGUCGGAAUGGAGCCAGGUGGUGGAGUUCUGCACCGGGGACUAUGCUAUGGAGCACCUUCAGCAGCUUCUUGACAAGGCCAAGGGCUCUGCAGGGAGGCUGCUGAAAUUCUCUGUGUUUUAUCGUAACCAACACCCAGACUACUUCGACUAUGUCAGGAGGGAAUGUGGAGGCCUGAUGCGUCCAGCUCUAAAAGACAUCAGUGGCAGUCAUGGUUCUCCUAUCAACGGCAAACUGCAGGGAGUCUUCUUCAGCUGCAACACAGAGUUUGAUACAGGCCUCCCUCCCAAAGACUCCCCAUACGGCCCCCUGCGUUUCCAGAUCCCAGCUGGACACCUGCUCAACCCCAACAUUUCUCUGUACUUUGCAGACUUCUACUGUAUGUACACAGCCUACCACUAUGUAGUGCUGGUGCUGGCCCCUGUUGGCUCAGAGGGAGAUAACUUCUGUCGCACCCGCCUCCCUAUGCUGGACUUGGCCUCCAACCCCUUCCUGACAUACAAUGCCCCCCAGAGACCGGAGGAGGAGCCUCUGUACUGCCAUGCCAGCGACGUCAUCCUUGAGGUGCUUUUCACGGAUCCGGUUCCUUUGGAUCAGGGCAGUGUGGAGCAGAUCAGCGGGCACCACCAGCUUAUGAGUCUGACUACUGCAAAUGCCAAAAAAGACCCCAGCUGCAAAGUGUGCAACAUCAGUGUGGGACGCUGAGGGAGGUGUAGGACAAACCUGGUUGUGUGAGCCUGCAAUACUGAAAGCCACAGCGUUGCACAAGGCAAAACAGUUGAGACCAUCACGUGUAGGUCAGAAAACAGUGGAAACAGCCCACCUCUCGGGGUGCGUGCAUGCUGCUGCCCCUCUUCCCUCCUGCCUGGACUAGAAUAGUGAGUAUUAUAUAGAAGACUUUACAAUGUGUUUCGCAGAGCUUCAUCAUGAUCACAGCUGGAAACACAGUCCAUCCAUGACUGCUGAACAAAACAUAAUUGAAGACAUGAUAGGCUUUAGAAGGCUGGAAAAUAUCUGUGCUCCUUAUUUAUUGACAGUCGCCUGUGCUCUCCUGUACUUUUGUGGCAUUUUAUGAAAAUCUUUUUCUUCUUUCUAAUUUACAUUUUUUCCCUUAAGAUGUGUUUGAUUUAAUUUUUGUUAUGCUGUACUACUAGUCUGAUGUGAUUUAUCUUCAAGAAACUUGUGUUUGAAACAACCUUAAAGUAAAAACGCUAGAAGAAUGCCCUUUUUAAAACACUGGAGGUCAUAACAAAUAUUUUCCUAAUUCUACUUGCAAUGUUCUCUCUUUUAAGUCACUGCCACAUUCUUUGUCCUAAAAAAGACUUACUACUGCCAAAUGUUUCAUAUUAAUUAUUAAUUUAGCUUAAACUCUAGUUUUCAGGAUCCCUGCCAAAUGCUCCAAUGCCUCUUAGAAAAAACUCAUUGUAGAGUUAUGAUUUGGAAAUUGUGUAAAUGUUGCACAGCAGACUUUUACUGCUGAAAAAUAUGCUGCAAUGUGACAAUGAAAGCAGAGCCAUUCUGUGCUGGGGCUUUAGGAGGAAGGUAAUAGGGAAGAUAGGAUCCCAAAGUUCCCUGCAAUCAGUCUCUGACAGCAAGCCCCGGCUCUAUAAACAGGGCUGAGCUAAGAUUAGCUUCUCUCUUGCUAUGGGGUUUCUGUUUGUCCCUGCCCAGUAAUCUCUGACCUAUAUGGCAAUCCCAGAAAUGCCCAAAGUGAAAGGGAUCCCAUCCCUGGUGCACAACAGUAACACAUGCACUGGUAAGUGGCCAAUAUGUAGGACAUGACAAAAGAGCGUGCAGUGAAAAUAAAAGGCUCACCCAUUUAAAACUGAAUGUGAAAGAAAACUGGAAAAGAAAAGUCAAUGGAACGACCUGUUUUAAAGACUUUUUUAUACAAAGCACUUACUAAGUCUAAAAAACGAUGAAAAUGAAUUCAAAUGUAAUAAAAAAAAUAUCCACCUCAUCUUUA